AUGUGCACGGAGGUGGGCACCACAGGGGACGACACGGCGGGGCCCGCCGCCGAGGCGAAGGUCAACACGGCGGAGGGCGGCAGGGAGGCAGCCAGCAGUUUGGACGGGCCAGGUCGCGCCACGAGGGAGGCGCGGGCGCCAGCGAAGGCACGGAUGUCCAUCACCAGCGCCGUGCUGGAGGCCAGGCAGGGCAAGGGAGGGGAACCCGUCUUCUGCGACAGAGCCCGGGGCUUUUACAUCUCGGACUUGCUGGUGGCGAAGUUCUUCGGCGGAUCGACGCACUGGGUCCAGGCACCGUUCGCCAGCGAGUGGAAGGACCAGCUGCAGGAGGCGAUCGAGAAGGCGCUCUCCUGA